AGGUGUUGGUGAUGAGUGCGUGGUACCCAGUAGUAAACUUGAUUGAAAGAGGAUGAGACCACUUUUGCUCUGUUGCUUCCUAAUAAAGUAGUGCAAAAUAGUGCAACAAGGAACGGAGAAAAUUUUAAAAUUUGACGUCGCGUUAAAAGUUGUGCCAAGUUUUUUAAAAGAUAUUGCAGGUAGUAAGUGUCAUCAUGGAAAGGAUUUACAGCGUCACCUUCCUCUUAUUCUUCGUAGCAGCCAACUUUAUGUUUGUGGCGUUAUCAUUUCCGCAACAAGAUUUUGGAAAUGAGCAGGGUUUUUUUAAUAGCGAAUUUCCAGACUCAAGUUCAAAGCGUGGAAUAAAUCCCAUGACCGAGUCUUGUUUAGCCUGCAUUUGCCAGGCAUCUACUAAUUGCAACUUGACCACCAGAUGCAUUAGCAGUGAUAAAUAUUGUGGACCGUUUCUAAUUUCCAAACCAUACUGGCUUGACGCAGGUCAACUCACCAUUAAAUUUGACGAGCCAUCAAGAGACGGAGCGUUCUUUGCUUGUGCUACCGAUCCGAUAUGUGCAGCACAGACGGUGCGCACGUACAUGCUAAGAUAUCAAACGGACUGCAAUAAUGAUGGGAUAAUUGACUGCGACGACAUGGGCAGGACGCAUCUCAUGGGAGCAGACGACUGUUCGAACCAAAGGGUCACGUCAACGCCUUUUUUUAAACGAUUCAGAAAAUGUUAUGAUGCUGUUCUCCAGCUCAAUGCAUCAUAAGAUAAUUAUUGUUUAGAUGGGCGAUCAUCAUUGCCCAUGAUGAUGUAUGUACAUAUUGUAUUAAUUAAGGCACGCUACAAAAAAGUUGGAAUUGGAUCCGGUUCACAACAUGUACUCACUUUAUAUUUAUUUGUAAUUUCUAAUUCCCUUUGUUACCACUUACUUACCACUGAUAUUUUAUGGCAUGGGCGUGAAACACAUAGCACCACAAAUAAUAUAUAAAUAAUAAAGGUGAACUAAAGGUAUUUCUA